GUAAACCAAAAUGUCAUUGUAAUAAUAUGUUCACUUCCUUUCUAGCCUGCUUAAUAAAGGUUUUAUAGCAAUGGUUCAACGGCUUACUUUAAGAAGACGAUUGUCUUACAAUACCAAAUCGAACAGAAGGCGAAUUGUAAGAACACCCGGUGGUAGAUUAGUUUACCAAUAUGUAAAAAAAAAUAAAUCUGUUCCAAAGUGUGGACAAUGUAAAGAAAAAUUAAAAGGCAUUAAACCAACCAGACCAAGUGAGAGAUCUCGCAUUUCAAAACGCCAGAAAACUGUUCGUCGUACUUACGGAGGUGUUCUUUGCCACACAUGUGUACGUGAAAGAAUAGUUCGUGCAUUUUUAAUAGAAGAACAAAAAAUUGUUAAAGCUCUAAAGAGUCAGCAAGCUAAACAAAAAGUUGUUGUUACUAAAAAACCGACGCCGAAAACAACAUCAAAAUCUAAAAAAUAAGAUGUUUGAACAUUAUUUAGAAAAUACACUGAAUCAGUAAA